AUGAGGUGGCAGGCAGAGGGCCUGAAUAAAGCGCCGUACUCUGGGCACCUGUUGAACAGUAUUAGGACUCGCUUCUCCAGCACCAGCUUAAACUCAUCACGUGAUACUCUCCCGGUUUUGGUGGUGGCGGGCCUCCCGGCCAAUCUUCGGCAGGCGAAUCCGCUAGGUCUUGGUGCCCUAAGCACUCUUCAACUCCAAAGGCACAACCUUCUAGCCCUCAAGCACAGUGUGCUCAACUGGAUUUUCUUUCGAAAACCAGAUUCUCGUUUUCGCCUCGAGGAUUUGUUUUUGAAAUCGGUUACAAUGUCUUCCUUCGAGUCGGUUGUCGUCGUCGAUGGCAAGGGCCACCUUCUCGGUCGCCUCGCCUCCAUUGUUGCUAAGCAGCUCCUCAGCGGCCAGAAGGUCGUUGUUGUCCGCUGCGAGGCCCUCAACAUCUCUGGCGAGUUCUUCCGCUCGAAGCUCAAGUACCACGCCUACCUCCGCAAGAUGACCCGUUUCAAUCCUACCCGCGGUGGUCCCUUCCACUUCCGCGCUCCCUCCCGCAUCUUCUACAAGGCCGUCCGUGGCAUGAUCCCCCACAAGACUGCCCGCGGUGCCGCCGCUCUCGAGCGCCUCAAGGUCUUCGAGGGUGUCCCUCCCCCCUACGACAAGAAGAAGAAGAUGGUCGUUCCCCAGGCUCUCCGUGUCCUCCGCCUGCAGCCCGGCCGCAAGUACUGCACCGUCGGCCGUCUCAGCCACGAGGUCGGCUGGAAGUACCAGGACGUCGUCGCCCGCCUGGAGGAGAGAAGAAAGGCCAAGGGUGCCGCCUACUACGAGCGCAAGCGCGUCGCCGCCCGCCAACUCACCGACGCCAAGAAGACUGCCGCUGGCAAGAGCCAGGCCACCAAGAAGCUUGCUGCUCUCGGCUACUAA